AUGGUUAUCGCAAAUUAUGGGUUCCUAGAACACCCACUUUGUGUCCCUCAGGACUCAUUAGAAUGUUUGGGAAUGAUGAAUUGGGAAGGCAUGGAUUCAAUUGAUUCCAUGUUUUCUACCCCUUGGGAGAGUGAAAAGGAAAGAUUGGAACAACCUGAAAAGGAUAAAACGGAGAGGAAAUCAUUCACUGAUGUGUCAAAUAACCAAGCUAAUCAUAUGUCUCUAUUAACGCGGCUAGACGACGAGUCAAAUUUAGCUGCUGAGAAGUCUCAAACUAAGAUCUUGAAAACAAAAAACAUAGCGGCUCGAUCAUUGUCCAAGUGCAAAAUUGAUUUUCUGAAUUCGACACAGAGUGGGAGGGAUGCUAAGAUCUGGGAGAAAAGAUGUGGUCACAAGGAUGCUAGGAUCUGGGAGAGAAGAUGUAGUCAUUGUGACGCCAUAAAAACUCCUCAAUGGAGAACCGGUCCUUUUGGGCGAAAUACUCUGUGCAAUGCUUGUGGUAUACGAUUCAAGGCAGGGAAGUUAUAUCCAGAGUAUAGACCUGCAGAUAGUCCAACGUUUGAUGUAAGCAAGCAUUCAAAUGUUCAUAAAGAGAUAAUGAAAAUGAGAAACCACCUUAGUUAA